UGCCGGCCAUCUUAUGGCGGCCGCCGCACUGUUGCCGCUGGUUGUCCUCCUCGUUCUGCUGCGGGCGUUGCCCUGCCCCUGCCGCGGGGCUCCGGCCUCCCCCCCGGCCGUGACAGCCCGGCUGGCGGCGAAAUGGCCGGCGACCCCACUGCUGCUGGAGGCGAGUGAAUUUAUUGCAGAAGAUGGUAAUGAGAAGUUUUGGCAGUUCUUGGAAACUGUACGAGAAUUAACAAUUUAUAAGCAAGGAGAUUCAGAGCAUUCUUACUACAAUUUAAUCUUGAAGAAAGCAGGACAAUUUUUAUCCAAUUUGCAAGUCAAUCUAUUGAAGUUUGCACUUUCCAUACGGGCGUAUUCUCCAACUGUACAGAUGUUUCAACAGAUUGCAGCUGAUGAACCUCCACCAGAAGGCUGCAGUGCAUUUGUGGUUAUCCAUGAGAAGCACACCUGUAAGACUAAUGAAAUAAAAAAGCUUCUGAAGAAGGCUACUAAGAGACCCAGGCCUUAUCUUUUCAAGGGUGAUCAUAAAUUCCCAACUCUCAAAGAGGAUGGCCCCGUGGUUGUUCUUUAUGCAGAAAUAGGUACAAAAGACUUCGUUAAAUUCCACAAGAUUUUAUCUGAGAAGGCGCAAAAGGAGGAAAUUGUUUACGUUCUCCGACAUUAUGUUCAGAAACCAAGUUUCAGAAAAAUGUAUUUAUCUGGAUAUGGAGUAGAACUUGCAAUAAAGAGCACAGAAUACAAAGCAGUAGAUGACACACAGGUUAAAGGAACAAAUGACACACAGAAAGAUGAAGACGAUGAUGAUGAGGAAAGCGAUGUCCAAGGAUUUCUCUUUGGCAAGUUAAAGCAGAUGCAUCCUGAUCUGAAAAAUAAUCUGAAAGAGUUUAAAAAACAUCUAAUUGAAACUACUAACAACAUGGAACCGCUGAAGGUUUGGGAGUUACAAGAUCUUAGUUUUCAAGCAGCUGCUCGAAUUAUGUCUACCCCUGCUUAUGAUGCCUUAAAGGUGAUGAAAGACAUAGCUCAGAACUUCCCAGUAAGAGCCAGAUCAUUGACCAGAGUGCCAGUAGACAAGCAAAUGCGAAAUGAAAUAGAAGAAAAUCAGAAGCAUCUUCAUGAAACACUUGGAAUCCAACCUGGAGAAGCACGUUUAUUUCUAAAUGGCCUUCAUAUUGACCUAGAUUUUCAUGAUCCAUUUAGUAUCUUAGAGACUCUUAAAGUGGAUGGAAAAGUAAUGCAUGGCCUUCAUGAACUUGGAAUCCAAGAGGAGACCCUGAGUAAAUUUAUGAGAUUGCAUAUACAGCCGGCAGAUGAGAGUUAUGCACUAGACAUUCGCCAUUCUUCAAUAAUAUGGAUUAAUGACAUAGAAAAAGACCACAGCUAUAGCACAUGGCCUGCAAGCUAUCAGGAACUGCUAAAACCUACAUUUCCUGGAGUUAUACAGCAGAUCAGACGCAAUUUAUAUAAUUUGGUUCUUUUUGUUGACCCAGUCCAAGAAGAUACAGACGAUUAUAUGAAAUUGGCAGAAUUAUUCUAUCGUCAUAAUGUUCCACUUCGAAUUGGAGUUGUUUUUAUUUUAAAUACAAAAGAAGAAAUUGAUGGAAAUGAAGAUGCUGGAAUAGCUCUUUGGAGAAUGUUUAAUUACAUUGCAGAGGAAUCUGACACCUCUCAAGCCUUUACCUCCAUAAUUAAUGUGUAUCAUGAAGUGAAAGAUGGAAAUGUUCUAACGGUUAAUCAUGUGAAAAAAGUUCUUAGAAAUGAAUACCCCUAUGCUGAUAUUCAGAGCAUCCUAGGUGUUCAUUCUGAAUAUGAUGAAGGGAGGAAGGCAGGAGCAACCUUUUAUAAAAAGACUGGCCUGGGUCCAUUGCCUCAAGCUCUGUUUAAUGGUGUGCCCUUUAACAGAGAAGAGAUGGAUGCCGCAGAGUUAGAGACAGUUAUUCUUCAGAGGAUUAUUGAUGCCACCGGGUUCUUCCAGAGGGCAGUGUUCAUGGGUUUGUUAAAUGAUCAUAUAAAUGCAAUAGAUUUUCUUAUGGAUCAGAAAAAUGUAGUUUCCCGUAUAAACCCCACUAUUCUUGGAGCAGAAAGAAGAUACAUACAUUUCAGAUCCACAUCUGUUCCAUUUGAUGUGCAGGACUUCUCUACUUUCUCCUUUUUGGACUCACAAGAUAAAAGUGCUGUAAUUUCAGACAACAUGAAGUACUUAACAAGAAAAGAUGAAGAUGCAUUAUAUGCUGUUACUGUCUGGGUCAUUGCUGAUUUUGAUAAGCCAGCUGGGAGACGACUGCUUUCUAAUGCCUUGAAACACCUGAAAACAAGCAGUCAUACACGAGUUGGAAUUUUGAACAAUCCUUCAUCAAAAAUAAAGGAAGAUAACACAGCCAUUGCAAGAGGAAUUUUGGCAGCUUUUCUAACACAAAACAACAGCAGCUUAAAAAGUUUCUUAAAUAAACUCACUAAGGAAGAGACAGCAAAAUCCCUUGCUGCUGGAACUAAAAUUGCUAAAUUCCUUGUCCCGGGCAUGGAUGAUGAUACUUUUGAGAAGAAGUACAAUACUUUAGGAGUGGAUAUAAUUAAAACCCACCAGAUGUUCUGCCAGGAGGUUCUUAAGCUGCUUCCUGGGCAAAUGGCUGUUAUGAGCAAUGGCAAGAUACUGGGUCCUUUAGAUAGAGAUGAAUUCCAUGCCGAAGACUUUAAUUUGUUAGAAAAAAUAACGUACAGUACCUCAGCAGAGAAGAUUAAAGCUGUUGUCAAAGAGAUGGAAAUCAGUACUAAAAGUGGCAGUGAUUUCAUUAUGAAAAUAGAUGCACUAUUAUCGUCUUUGCCUAAAACUGAGGUGAGACAAGAUGCUGAAUUACUCAAGGAACAGCACAGCGUAGUAAAAGUCAAUCCCCAAGAGAAUGAACCAUUCUAUGAUGUUAUUGCUAUUGUUGAUCCAUUGACAAGAGAAGCACAGAAGAUGGCUCAUUUAUUGAUUGUACUCAAAGACAUUGUCAAUAUGAAACUCAGGUUGUUUUUGAACUGCAGAUCUAAGCUGUCAGAAGUGCCACUGAAGAGCUUCUAUCGUUUUGUUCUGGAACCAGAAUUAAUGUACGGGAUCAACAAACAGGUUCCUUCUGAACCUGUGGCAAAGUUCUUAGAAUUGCCAGAAUCACUGCUUUUGACUCUAAACAUGAUCACUCCUGAAAGCUGGUUGGUUGAAGCAGUAAACAGUUCCUGUGAUCUUGAUAACAUUCAUUUACAGGAUAUAAAAGGGACUGUUAUAGCAGAAUAUGAACUGGAAUACAUGUUGCUUGAAGGACAUUGUUUUGAUGUGACAAGUGGACAACCUCCUCGAGGGUUACAGUUCACCCUGGGCACAAAAAAUAAUCCUGUCAUGGUUGAUACUAUUGUGAUGGCCAACUUGGGGUAUUUUCAGCUGAAAGCAAAUCCAGGUGCUUGGACACUGAGAUUGCGUAAAGGGAAAUCUGAAGAGAUUUAUCAGGUGUUUUCCCAUGAAGGAACAGAUUCUGUAGCUGACCUGGCUGAUGUUAUUGUGGUAUUAAACAACUUCAGAAGCAAAAUUAUCAAAGUUCAAGUACAGAAAAAGCCUGAUAAAGUGAAUGAAGAUCUCCUUACCGACGGAAUAACAGAAAAAGGAAAACUGGAAUCAGUUACAAGUUUUUCAGAAGAAAUUCCACCAGAAGAGAAGGAAAAGAAAAGUGAUAUUCUUAACAUAUUUUCAGUCGCUUCAGGCCACUUGUAUGAACGUUUUUUAAGAAUUAUGAUGCUUUCUGUUCUACGUCAUACAAAAACACCGGUUAAAUUCUGGUUUCUGAAAAAUUAUCUCUCCCCAACAUUUAAGGAUGUUAUUCCUCACAUGGCUAAAAAGUACGGAUUCAAGUACGAAUUAGUACAGUAUAAAUGGCCCCGCUGGCUUUAUCAGCAGACAGAAAAGCAACGAAUUAUCUGGGGCUACAAAAUCCUUUUUUUGGAUGUUCUUUUCCCUUUGGCUGUAGAUAAAGUAAUAUUUGUUGAUGCUGACCAGAUUGUAAGAAGUGACCUGAAAGAACUCAGAGAUCUAGAUCUAAAGGGAGCUCCUUAUGGAUACACACCAUUCUGUGACAGCCGUAAAGAAAUGGAUGGAUACCGUUUCUGGAAAUCAGGGUACUGGGCAUCGCAUCUUGGGAAAAGGAAAUACCAUAUUAGUGCCUUAUAUGUUGUGGAUCUUAAGAAGUUCAGAAAGAUUGCAGCAGGAGAUAGGCUUCGGGGCCAGUACCAAGCUCUUAGUCAAGAUCCAAACAGCCUGUCAAAUCUAGAUCAGGACCUUCCCAACAAUAUGAUUCAUCAAGUAGCUAUUAAGUCUCUCCCUCAAGAAUGGCUUUGGUGUGAAACCUGGUGUGAUGAUGAGUCCAAGAAAAAGGCUAAAACAAUAGACUUGUGUAACAAUCCCCAAACCAAAGAACCCAAACUAAAGGCUGCUGCCCGGAUUGUUCCUGAAUGGGUUGAAUAUGACACUGAAAUACGGAUGUUAAUACAGCAAAUUGAAAAAGAGAAGAAAAACCAAACAUCCUAUUUUCAAAAAGGUUUUAAGCACGAUGAACUUUAGCAUCACCUGUCAAAAGCAAUGGUGACAGUGCAAUAGUCUUCUGCAAAAGCCUGGAAGUUACGAAAGCUGCAUUGGCACUAUUGUUAACAUUCGUCAAUGUGAAGUGAAAUAUUUUAUAACUUAUGGUGUUAUUUAAAAAUGUUAGAUGAAAUACAAAGAACAGAAGAGACAAAUCAACAGGUACUUGCUUUUAUUUAAACCGGUGUAGAGUAGCCUUCCUUGUUUCUUUGUUUUUCUUUUCCUUCUCUGAAAGACAAUUUGCCCAGAGGAUUUUACAAUAGGAACAAUGAAGUAUUCAACUCCUCAAAGAUUUAUUUUGUCAGCAGCUGGGAGGGCAGUAUUAAAUAUGUAUAUGAAAACUAUUUUGUUCAUAUUACAUGUGUUAAGCAAAUGUAUUUAAAUAUAAAGAAUUUUGGUUAUAUAUCCAUAGUUUUGUCCUUGGAGAAAUGCUGCAGUCACAAGAAAAAUUCUCAUUGUAGCAAAGACAUGAUAUAAAAAAUAGCUCAAACAAUUGAAAUCUAAAUCAACUUUGAAGCUUACUGAAGCAAGGCAUGUAAUUACUCGUUUUUUAUACAGGAUUGGUGCCCUCUUACUAAUUUGAAAUAAACCAUUUUUGAUUCAUAAGCUCCUUUUGGUCACUUAAAUAGUAUGCCGUACGAUUGCAUCAAGUGUUUUUUGUUUAAGAUAUCUUUCCAACCAGCAUGCAUUGAAUCAGAAGGUCAGUACCUGAAAGAUAUUUCCACUCAGUUUUGGUUAUCGUUAUUUUGUUCAGAAAUCAAAAUAAUAAAAUACUUGAUUAAUUUUGACUGU